CCAGCCGGUGCCGCCCUCCGCGGGAGCCGAAGUCCUUUGGAAUAAAGCUCAGCUCUAGUCCGAAGCCGUGGAUUUGGGCUGAACGGCUGCGUCGCCUUCCUCAUAGUCCCCUGGAAGGUUUGCCUCGCCCUUGUUCGCCUGCUGCUGCGAGAUUUUCACGAUGCAGAAUGACGCCGGGAAGAGCGGAGACCUUUGCCAACUCACCGGGGAGAACUAAGCCGAGUUUCCCCCACCUUCACUGAAGAAGACCUGCCUUCUUUGACACGAUGGCUUUGGAGCAGGUCCACAUGGCAGCUCCCAUCUGCUUGAUUGAGAACAGACCCAAUGGGAAGCUUGUGGUGAACUGGAAGGCUGCGGAGGUGCUUGCAGGGGUCCGCCAGCCGGUGGUGGUGGUGGCCAUUGUGGGGCUGUACCGCACCGGCAAGUCCUACCUCAUGAACAGGCUGGCUGGCAAGAGAAAAGGUUUCUGUUUGGGUGCCACAGUGCAGGGGCUAACCAAGGGCAUCUGGAUGUGGUGUCUCCCUCAUCCCCGCAGGGCUGACCUCACAUUGGUGUUGCUGGACACAGAGGGGUUGGGUGAUGUGGAGAAGGGAAACACACAGAAUGACUCGUGGAUCUUUGCCCUGGCCAUUCUGCUCAGCAGCACCCUGGUGUAUAACAGCAUGGGCACCAUUGACCAAGACGCUUUGGAGAAGCUGCACUAUGUCACGGAGCUGACAAAAAAGAUCAGAGCAAAAUCUUCCUCUGGGCAUUGCCAAGAAGAGGAAAAUUCUGCCGAAUUCAUUAAUUUCUUCCCAGACUUCAUCUGGGCGGUGCGGGAUUUCACGCUACAGCUGGAGAUAGACGGAUGCCCUGUCAGUGCGGAUGAGUACCUGGAGAAAGCCUUGAGACUGCAGCAAGGUGAUACUAAGCAAAUGCAAAGGUGCAGCAUGGCCAGGACAUGUAUCCACAGUUUCUUUCGUUCACGGAAGUGUUUCACAUUUGACCGUCCAGCUAGUGGGCAGAUGUUGCAUCGAUUGGAGGAACUGGAAGAAGAUGAUUUGGAGGAAGAUUUCUUGGAACCAAUGGCCCACUUCUGCCAACAUAUCUGGGAAACUUCUCAACCCAAGAAGGUCCCAGGAGGACGAGUUGUAACUGGAACAAUGCUUGCGAACCUGAUGAAGACGUAUGUCGAUGCUAUCAACAGUGGGGAUGUGCCCUGCUUGGAGAAUGCAGUGCUGGCCCUGUCUGAGAUUGAGAACUCAGCUGCUGUGCAUGAGGCCAUCUCCCGUUAUGAAGAGUUGAUGGGGCAGCGCUGUAUGCUGCCCACAGGCACUGUUGAAGAGCUUCUGGGGUGGCACACCGAGUGUAAGAGGGAGGUCACUGGUGUCUUCAUGGCCCGCGCCUUUGGGGACAAUGUUAAACAAUUUCAGGAGAAGUUUGAGCAUGAGUUGAAAAGGAAAAAGGAGGUGUUCUGCAAGAGGAAUGAGCAGAUGUCAUUUGACUACUGCUAUGCUGUGCUGACUAAUAUUUCCAAAGAGCUGGAAGAUGGGAUCUGCAGUGGAAUUUACUCUGUGCCUGGAGGCUAUAAGUGUUUCCUGGCCAUGAAGAAUGAAAUAAAGAAGAAGUACCAUUUGUUUCCUGAGAAAGGGAUUCAGGCAGACAAGGCUCUUGAAGUAUUUCUGAAAUCCAAGGAGAUGGUGGCAAAAUCUAUUCUUCAGACUGACAAGGCCCUGACUGACAAAGAGAAGGAAAUUGAAGCCCUGCGUGCUCAGGCUGAAGCAGCCCAACUGCAACAGAAGUCAUUGGAGCAGGACCUGGCCAGGCUGAAGCAAAUGGUGGAGGAUGAAAAGCGACAUCAUGAGGAUGAGAUCCAGCUGCUGAAUGAGAAAUGGGAGGAAGAGAAGAAGAUGAUGGAAGAGGAAGCUGAAAGGAUGAUACAACAGAUGGUCAAGGACCUACUGAAAAAAAGAUUUGUGCUGAAGGCCAGGGAAAUAGAAAAAGAAAUAGAACUCCUAUGUCUCAAGGAAUAAAAGAACAAUUUUACUGCAGUGCUUGUGAUGCUUUUACUGCAGAGUUGCAGCUCAUACCUGGACAUAUGGAGAGGGAGUUUCCACUCUUGUACAAAUCUCACAUCUGUUUUCACCCUAAGAGGCAAUGAUAUGGAACAGCUUUUGCUGGCCUGGCCUAUUUUAUAUUGCUGGGGGGGAGGGGUCCAUGUGCUCUUCUCCCUGACAUUCUAGCUUUAGAGUGGUGUCCAACUGACAUGCCCCUGCCCUGUCAGCACAAGGAUUUCUGCAACAGGGCUUCUCCCCACAUGAUCUCCCCAAAUCUGCUGCAGAGGUUUCGGGGAACACCCUAGAACAAAUUUGGGGAGGUGCUAGGGGAAGUUCUGUUGUGCAAGCAGAAAUCUUUGCGCUGACGGGACCAUGUCUUAGUGCAGUUUUGGAUAUAACGCCCAGUGCCAAAUAUUCCACCUGUUGAAAUGGAUUGUACAUAUAAAAUGGUAUAUUGUGGACCUCAGCUGACAGCCUAUCAAACAGCAGAGAUGCAUUGCUGGGGUCAAGGGUGUGGCUAUCAGACAAGAGGGUUACAUUUAACCCCAGGACAGACUGUAGGAGCCUUCUGUAUUGAUACACAACAGGGGCACCAAAAAGGAUGCAAAUGGUCAAUCAGUAAAGGGUAAAGGUGUGAACAUUCCAUUAUCCAGAGGAUGGGAAUGCAGGAGAGCAACUGAGGACUGAAUUCACGUAAGCAGAAGCUGAGUAAGAAGAAGCUGCAGGAACAGGAAGAUUUCGGAAGCAGCCCCUCAAGGGAGCUAUAGCUGAAUCUGUCACCUAUAAGAAGCUGAGCUCAAAGACACAGUGGUGUCUUCAGAGAGUGACUACCUGUAAACCACUUCUGUGUUGAGUCUUCAUCGGGUUGACCCUGACCAGAAGGAAGAUGUCUGUCCAACAACCCCUAAACCAGGGAUAUGAACCUGUAGCCCUCUAAUGUUGUUGGACUGCAACUCCCAUCAGCCUGAGCCAGCAUGAUCCAUAAAUGGGGAUUAAGGGAGUUGCAGUCCAACAACGUCUGGAGGACUACAGGUUAUCCAUUGCAGCUCUAAACAAACCUGUGAGUUUUAACUGGGGAAGAGUUAGUAUAAGGGAAGCUGACUAGCCUUAUUAAUUAGGGGGAUGACCUAGAGUAGGCUAAUUUCUGAUCACACAUAUGCAUCUCUAUCCAGAUAAGCAAGAGGCAUUAUUAGAGUUCAUGACACAUUCCAGCCAGGCAAACCACUCCAGAUGUGAAGCAGGGCCCGUGAGGUAUGUGACACUGGGGAGAGUUUUAAAGGACAGAUAAAGAGCUCUGGAAGUCAGGAUUUAUCCAUAAGAUAAGAUAAUUGGAACCUUAAACUAGAAUAGGCAGCCUGAUUAACUAGCAUAAAUGGCUACAUAUAUUCUGAAUCAUCUGCACUGGCUGAAAGUUCAUUUCUGGACUCGGUUCAAAGUUCUGAAUCUUACCUUUAAAGCCCUAAACAGCUUUGGGGUCCAAUGUUCUCAAUGAAUGUUUCCUCCCAUAUGACCCUCCCUGGCAUUAAGAUUUCCUGAUGCUGCCUUGCUCCUUCCUGCUUCCACCUUAUAGAGAGGCCAUUGAUGGGAUUCCCUUCCAAGAAAUGUUCUUACCACCACCAGCAGUUCCCUGCUGGCUAAAUAGAGAAAAACCCCUUUAUUUCAGUUGGCCUUUGAAAAUUGCUGUUAUCCCAUGUUUUAUGGCUGUUUUGUGAUGUUGUUUCUUUCUCUUGUCUGGCUUUAAUGAGGCACUGUUUUAUUUUUUUAUCAUGUUUUAAAUCUGUAAGUCACGGUGAAGAGACAUAUGUAAAUGUAAAGUAUUAUAAAUACUUUAAAUACUAUAAAUAUAAAGUAAAAUAUGCAAUCCUGUACAUGUCUAUUCUGAAGUCCUAUUAAAUUCAGUGGUGUUACUCUCAGGUAAGUGUGUAAAGGAUUGCAGCCUAAUGGGCUGCUAUCUUACACCACAUCACAUUACAUUAAACUCAUUUUAUUGUUGACUAAGGAAAGGUUUGUACAAUACAUAGAUCAUCACCUGGUUAAGGAUAUAGAUUUCUGUUUAAAAUAUAUCUAAUUGGGUUCCUGCAUUGAGCAGGGGGGUGGACUUGAUGGCCUUAUAGGUUCCUUCCAACUCUGCUAUUCUAUGAUUUCUUGAUGGGAACACAUGGGUGCUUCCUCUCAUUUGUAUUAUAUUUACAUCUCCUCUCGGCAUGAUUUGGUUGAUUGCUUUAAAUACAUUCCUGUACCACUGGUCAUACUAACUAUCUGUCACUAGUUCUCACUAUAGUGCUCCCUGCACAGUUAACAAAACUGCAGAAGCACUUUGUAACAAAGGGAAAGGAGACAUCAUAAGAAGAGCCUGCUGGAUCAGGCCAGUGGCCCAUCUAGUCCAGCAUCCUGUUCUCACAAUGGCCAACCAGGUGCCUGGGGGAAGCCUUUCCUUUGGGAAAGGAAGCCCAUCCUUCUUUAAUUCUCUGUGGCCACAGUUCCAUGUCGUCAGGUAAACUGGAACAACAGCCCAGUUCACUGAUAACUUCUUGAGUGCAGUGAGGUACCAAAUGGAAAAGCAUUAUUGCCUGUGUCGCAUUCCAUUUAUUUUAUUGUGCCUUGCAAAGUGCCAGUGCACUGUUACCAUGAUUUCUAAUUCACAAUAUUAAACACUACAAAAUUAAGAACUAAGGAUCAGGAAAUUAGGGAGAGACUGGAUUGCUUUGUUUUGUUUUACUUACCCACCUGUUCUAAUUUUGGCAGUGAGAUUAUCCUGUUGGUUCUAAUGGGUCUCCUGUUUCCAAGGAGGACAGUUAGCAAUCUGUGCAGACCUGGGAACACUGACAGGCUCCUAAUAAGCUUGCCUCAUGUUCUGAUGCAUUUCCUUUCCCUGGUGUGCUGUAUUUUCCCCUCUUAAUAAUGAAGGGAAUGGCCAGAAUGGAUGGGGUUCCAAUUUAGAUAUGCACCUGAUUUAGGGAAUAGCCAUCGGGGACAUAUUGAACUUGUUUAUGGAAAGGGUGAGGGAGGAGAGUGCUCAGUGCUAUCCUUCUUCCAAAGCUCUGGCAAAUACUAAGUAGAAGCAAUGAACUUGAACCGGAUCCCAUGCGCUGCAGAGUGGAAAAUAGAAGCUUACCAGCCAUUUAAUGUCACCUGAAAGACAACUAGGGGUUGAUGCCAGAAGAUGGGAAAGGAAGAAAGAGGAGAUGGGGCAGGUAGAGAAAGAUCAUGAGCAAGAGAAGGACCAAUGAGUAGGGAUGGGUGAGAAUUUCAAUUCAGUUCGCAUUUCAAGCAGAAUUUAUGAAAUUCACUUUCACUCUAUGUGGGGCUGCCUUGAGGUUGAUCCAGAAGCUGCAGCUGGUGCAAAAUUUGGUGGCGCAACUGCUGACUGGGGCUGGAUGUUGUCACCAUGUCACCCUGCUGCUGACUGAAUUGCACUGGCUGCCCAUUAGCUACCAGGCUCAGUUCAAGGUUCUGGUUUUGUGUACAAAGCCCUAUACAGCUUGGGACCAGGAUACCUGAAAGAUCGUCAUACCCCUUAUAUACCCAGUCAAUGACUGCACUCUUCAGGUGGGGGCCUCCUGCAGAUACAAUCUUAUCAGGAGGUCUGUUCCGUACAAUAUAGGAAAUGGACCUUUAGUGUAGUGGCACCUAUCCUUUGGAAUCCCCCCCUUAAAUAUUAGAUAGGCACCACAUGUUAACUUUUUUGGCAUCUACUGAAGAUCUUACUCUUUCAACAAGCUUUGGAAGUAGAGACAUUAUCCUAGUCUAAGUCAGGUUGGAAUUGCUUUUUAGGAUGUUUUUAAAGCUUUUUAAAAAAUAUAUUUUUAUAGAUGUUUUGUUUUAAUAUAUUUUAAAGUCAAUUUUUAAGAUGUUUUAGAGUGUUUUUGUUUGCCGCCCUGGCCUCCUACUGGGAGGAAGGGUGGGAUAUAAACUUAAUAAAUAAUAAUAAAUAUUCCUUUCCUUCUCUCUUUUUAAUGCAUCUGCUUUUUGGAUCAUAAGACCCUUUACUAAUGCCUUUGAAGCCUCCCAUACUGUUGUUUUAGCUAGUUCAGGUGAAUUAUUUACCUUAAAAUACUCUUGUAUUCUAGUGGCUAAAUCUCGCACAUUAGUUUGAUUUUGAAGCAACAGAUUAUCCAAGCGCCAACCUCUAUUAUGCCAAUGAAUUUUAUUGUAUACCCAUUCAAUUCAGAUGGGUAUGUUAUCUGUGUAUAUUUACGGCUUAAUAACACCACACAUUUAAAGCACGAUGACACCAGUUCUAACAGUCAUAGCUUCUCCCAAAGAAUUAGGAGACUCCCAUUGCUACAAUUCUCAGAGUGGUUGAACAAUCAAUCCCUCUUCCCAAGGAACUCAGGGACUUGUAGUUCUGUGAGGGGAAUAGGGGUGUCUCAGCACCUUUAACAAACUACAGUUCCCAGGGGGAAGAGCUCAAUGAUGGAGCAUCUGCAUUCUAUGCAGAAGUCCCUAACAGUGAUACCCAGCAUCUUCUGGUUGGGCUGGAGAACUGCUGCCAGUUAUUGUUAACAGAUGGACCGUUUGUCUGACUCCAUGUAAGAACCGUUUGUCUGACUCCUAUGUUCCUAUCAUGGUAUUUGAGUUUAUAAUCUAAUCUCUAAAUUAGUUUACUGCAAUACGUUAUAUGUGAGCCUUCCUUUGAAGACACUUCAGAAACUGCAGGUGGUGCAGAAUUCAGCAGACACAUUGCUGACUGGGGCAAGACGAUCUGAACACAUAACACCAAAUUCUGGCACAACUGCAUUGCCUACCAAUUAGAUCCUGGCCCCAAUUCAGUGCUGUUUUUGAUCUAUACAGCCUUAUGUGGCUCACAGCCCCAAAACCUCAAGAACCUUGAGACCCUUCUCCAUGUGUCCCCUCUGAGGGAGGUGUGAAGGAUAGCGACAAGAGAACAGGCCUCCUCAGUGGUGGCUCCCAGUUUAUGGAAUGCUCUCCCCAGGGAGAUAUGCCUGACACCAUCACUAUCUGUUUUUAGGCACCAGGCAAAAACGUUGUUCUCCUAGGCAUGUGGAUUUUAAUAUUCUACUUAUUUUUUUAGUGGGGUGGGUCUGAAUUGGAUCUGUUCUUUUAAAUAUGUUAAUUGUAUAUUUUCAGUUGUUUUUAUUCUUGUUUUUACCCUUGUUUUUAAUGUUUUUGUAAU